GUGCUCACGGGAAACGGGCCAGUUUGCGCGCUGGUGAUGGCGAGGUCGAAGGUAGCUCCAUUAAAGAUGAUGUCCAUCCCGAGGCUGGAGCUGCAGGCGGCGGUGAUCGGAGCAAGGUUGCUGCAAACCGUCGUGGAAGCGCACUCGCUGGAAAUCAAGCAGCGGUUCAUCUGGUCAGAUUCCAGAACAGUCGUAUCAUGGAUCCAUUCGGAGCAGCGUAGAUACAAACCGUUCGUGGCUUUCCGGAUCGGCGAGAUUCUCAGCCUCACGAAGCACAGCGAGUGGCGGUGGAUUUCCACGAAGAACAAUAUCGCCGACGAUUUGACGAAGUGGAAGAGCGGCAGCAAUUUGGAUUCGAACGGACCGUGGUUUCGAGGUCCGAGAUUCCUUUAUCAGCCGGAACAGCGAUGGAUGAAGCAGGAAGUAGUAGAGCCGAACACGCCAGAAGAGGUUCGGGCAUGCCAUCUGUUCCACGACCUUUCAGCAGAAGAGCCGAUGGUCGACGUGUCCCGCAUUUCCCGUUGGAAAGUGCUGGUCCGGACGGUAGCAUGCGUGUAUCGAUUCACAUCCAACUGCGAUAGAAGGAGGAGAGGACUGGCAAUCGAGGCGGUUCCAGCAUCACCAAAGGUUCGCAGCGUAGUGAAGAAGGUUAUACCAGCGGUGGUAGUCCCACUGAAGCGAGAGGAAUUUCAGCGAGCGGAAGGUUACCUGUGGCGGUCGGCACAAGCCGAUGCAUAUGAAGAAGAGGUCAAAAUUUUGACGAAGAACCGAGAGCUUCCUCGAAGCGAGCGUCAGCAGAUUGAGAAGAGCAGCAGUCUGUACAGCGACAGCCCUUUUUUGGACGAGGAAGGUAUAUUGCGGAUGGAAGGCAGAGCGGAAGAGCUGGACGCGUGGCGUGGUGAGCGAGGUGUACCCUGGAGCUGAUGGACGAGUACGGCAAGCACUGGUGAAGACUGCAAGGGGAGAGUUCCGGCGGCCGGUAGCGAAGCUGGCUGUGCUGGAGAUCCAAGGGCGUAACUCUGGUGCUGUAGGAGGAUCCCCCCCAGAAUUACGGGGAGGGGGUAUGUACGCACCACCCAGCAUCGAGAACCCAUCAGCAGCAAGUGCCUUCGGUGACGAGUAGGUAGCGCCACAAUGGGAAAGUAGGAAGAGAAAAGGUAGGCGAAAUUUGGUGGGUGAAUUCAGGCAGCGUAGAGAAUGUAAAUAAAGAAAUAGGAAUAGAUUGAAAGUAGUUAGUGCGGAAUAGGUGCCAUUGCGAAUUUUGUGCAAUUGAAUUGGAACGUUAUUUCAAAAGAAUUUGUAAGUUAAUUAGUGAAUUCUGAAUCGAAAUUAGAGAAAGAAGUGGUCCGGAAUAUAGUGAGUCGUUUCGGAUCUAGAUUUGUAGAAUCACAAUCGCGUCCCGAGCAGUUGUACGUUACCUGUGGAGAACAAAAAAGGAUUUAAAGGAAACUAUAAAAUGUAAGUUCAUAGAAAAUAGUUAAUACUAAAAUUGUUGCUAAUGAAAUAAAUUUAGUUUCAAGCUGCUGUAAAUAGAAAACACUGCUGUGGAAAUUCUGUUUCUAAGUCGUCCGAACAUUACCCAUGAAAAACAAAUGCAGAAAAGUAUUAGACAGUGAAAUGCUGAAUCGCACUUAUAUGACUGAAUCGACUGAAAAGCUUGCGUAACUAUGAUUGCAAUUUACCGAGCAAUUGCUUGCUGUCCGAACUCGCUAUCGCUCGUCGGACCUAAAAAAGGGAUAACAUCUAUGUUUGCAUUAUACCGGGCAAAUUCUUGGAUCUGUGGUUUGCCUAGAACUGAAUCGAUGCAGUUGCGGUGCAUCGGAUAUCGGAAACUUCGGCGGCCUUCUGCCGCCUCAGUUCCUCAAUCCUCUGUGCGGCCUCGCCGCAUGGUCAA